AGUAACAAUGUGGCUUCACCAUUCUUAAUUCUUAUUCUUAUAAACCCCCCCCCCCCCUCUCCCACUCUCUGUUAAACCCAAGAAUCUCUCUCUCUCUCUCUCUCUCUCUACUCGAAUCGGCUGAUUGUUGGAUAUUAAUUUGAGUUAUCGAGACAGAAAAUAAUUAAUUCCAAUUGAUAUCAAUGGAUAGCAUAUUUGGUUUGCUAAGGAUUAAAGUUGUGAGAGGCUUCAAACUGGCUAAAAGAGAUGCCAGAAGCAGCGAUCCUUAUGUGAUUGUUCGGAUGGACAAGCAGAAACUAAAGACUCGCGUGGUGAAGAAGAAUCUGAACCCCGAAUGGAACGAAGAGCUCACUCUGACCAUCGCCGAUCCAAACCAGCCCAUCAAGCUGCAAGUUUACGACAGAGACACGUUCACUCCGGACGACAAAAUGGGGGAUGCAGAGUUCGACAUCAAAGAGCUGGUGAGGGUGCUGAAGAUGCAGUUGGAGAAUGUUCCAAGUGGGACACUCAUCACCAAGGUUGUGCCCAACAGGGACAACUGCUUGUCGGAAGCCAGCUCUAUUCUCUGGGAAAAUGGGAAAGUCACGCAGGAUAUGGUGUUGAGAUUGAGGAAUGUUGAGUGUGGAGAAGUUGAGCUGCACCUGCACUGGAUAAAUGUCCCUGGCUCUAGAUCUCUCUAAUGUUCAAUCUUUCUUCUACAUGCACAUUUUUUCAUCUCCAAAUUUUACAUUUUCCUUUUCCUUUCUAAUUUCUGUCUAAUCUAUUAAUAUAUGAAAACACAGCUUUUUUAGUAA